GAAUUCAACAGUUAAAACAAAGAAUGGAAGAUAUGGAAAGACACUACAAAUAUGUAUCUAACCUAUCACCAGAACAAACUAAUGAACAUAUCAAAGAUAUAAAAAACAUAACAAGGAAAAAAUUAGACAUGGCAGAAAAAGCAGAAUCGCAGAAGAAGUAUUUAUUCCAAACAAUAGAAGCAUUAACACAAUCAAAAAAUGCAUUCCUGUGGAAAAAUAGAGAUUUAGUAAAAGUAUAG